AUGACAACAAUAGACUCCUUGGAAGAGGAAAGCCCCUGGUUAGAAAGCCAAUGGUAUCCUCCGCUCGACAAAAUCAAGCGAUAUUGGUGGGAUUGUCACAAACUCAAUGGCAUGUACAGCUAUGAAGAAAACGAAGCGAAAUGGCGCAUUCAAAAUGGUAGCUGGCCUAUGAGUGAGGGCAUAAGAGAAAUAGACGACGAUCCGGACUCCUGGCUAAUCUGCAAUCUCAUCUUGCGCCGGAGCCAAGGUCAAUCUCCGUCUGCAGAUUGGUACGAUGAAAAAGACGAUUCCAGCUAUCAUAUUACCGAUGCUCCUAUGCCUCCACCCAAGGCUACUUACCACAAACGCUCAACGAGACGUUUCCGAACCGGGGGUGACACUCCGCUGGUAGCACUUCUGGAUGCGCGUACCUGGAUGAACGAUUCGACGGCAUGGAGUAUUGGGUACGGCGGCGUUUUGAAAAUGGCUUUCAUUAUUUUACAACAUGACAUCACACACCAAUCCAAAACGUUGAACUGGCUUCAGGGAAAACUCCCACCUUCAAGAUUUCAGAUCCCAAAAGUUAUACGCUAUGAGGUGCAGAUGAAGCGUCACAUUACAUUUGAAAGUCAGAUAUAUGGCUUGAAUUUUGAGCAAGCAUGGCCUCUGCUUUCGGCACAACAAAGAGAGAAUGUCAUAACCGCCGUGAAAGAUUUUUGUUUCGAGUUGUCCAAGAUAAAGGGAGACAAAAUUGGGAGUAUCGAAGGGAAAGGCCUAUUCGAUCAGUAUCUGCCGACGCAAUUCGAGGUGGGUAAAAGUCCUUACGACCCGGCCGGCAUACAAGCCAGCUGGGUAGCGAAAGGAUUGGAAUCCGGACUUUCGGAGUUCUGUUUCGCGCACAACUGUUUGUGGCCUCAUCAUAUCAUUCUCAUAGACUAUCCCAAUGCAGGAAUUGCGGACCUGAGAGUUCCGACCAUUGGGCUUGUAAGCUGGGGGAUUGCGGGAUUUGUACCGAAAGUAUGGGUUCGCACCAAAUUUGUCGUUGAUGAGCUGUGUGACAUGGCAACAAUUCAAAGAUUGAAUGUAAAAUUGGAUACGGGUGUUCGGUAUAAUGAAGUACAUUUGUGGAGGUGGAGCGUCUUUAGGGGGCUGGGAAAAGCGCCGUACAAUAUGCCAGAGAUUAGGAAUGAGUACUGGAGAGCUAAUCCUCAGCACGCUGCUUACUUUGGAAGGGAUUUCAUUGACGGAAGGGGUAGUUUCGUGCACAUCAGAGGUGAGGAUGCUGAAGCUUUCCUUGAGCAAGAGGCGCAAGAGCAAGAGGAGUAUAACCGGAAUAGGCCGCAUCGAGGAUGA